ACCGUUCUCGGUGGUGGCGAGGCGGACCAGUGUCCGAAUCCGACCGGUAGCCUGCAGAACGCAGCAACGGGUUGUCUCGCCAUCGAUUCGUCUUCGCCGUUUCUGAUGCGUUUAGUGCGCGCGCUCGUUCUUGUGCGCACGAUUUUGCGAUUAUUGUCAAAAGAAUUGUGUUGUCCGUUUGCCGCGAACUUGUGAAUUCUCGGCCGGGUUAUUCCGUUUUUCGCGCGCGAUGGGCGUUUCGGUUUACCGCGAAGUGACGAUGACUACCGCCACCGCCGCCGCGACGGUCUCGUCGACGUCGUCCGUAACCGCCACCGCCAACAAGACGCCGUCGUCGAACGUGUUGAUGUGCCGCCAGUGGUGGAAAGUGUGUUGGAUGUAUGGAGAUCAGGAAAAAUAUUACCGGCAGCUGUACGGGGCGACGAAAAAGCAGUCCGCUUCGUCUUCGGCCUUUGGCGUCAACGGCGGCGGUGACAGAGCCACGGUCAUGGAACUCCAGCAAAUGUCCACCGUCUCUUUUAUGCCGCCCCCGCCCCGGCUCAAUGAUAGACAAGUGUGCCGGAACUGCAACUGUCCGCGUGACGAUCACAGCAUUGGCGGCAACCAGAACAACGACAGCCACCGACAACAGCCAAAGGUCACCGAAACGGCCUUGUGCGGAGGAAGUGGUGCCGCGGCGAUAAUGUCAUCGUCGGCGGCGACCACGGUGACCGGCGUCAAGCGGGGAACGCCCCCGCCACCAUUGCCGCCUUUGCCCACGGGCCCACCGGGUUACGACCAAGCGAUCGGUGGUUACGAGAAGCUGCUGGCCGCCACAGUAGCCGUGAGCGCGUCGGCCACGUCCACGGCGUCAGUGGCCACAGCCGCCGGUCGCAAAGACCCGUCGGCGGUCGCUGCGUACCAUCUCCACCACCACCAUCCGCAUCACUCCCAUGCUGCGAUGUCGGCCACGGCGGGUGGAGGCGAUCUGCAACAGCGACACUCACACUCGGACGACGAUUCCGGAUGUGCGCUUGAGGAGUACACGUGGGUGCCCGCCGGACUCAGACCAGAUCAAGUGCACUUAUUCUUCUCGGGUGUGCCCGAAGACAAAGUGCCAUACCUGAACUCGGCAGGUGAGCGGUACCGGGUAAGGCAGCUACUACAGCAGUUACCACCACACGAUAAUGAGGUGCGGUAUUGUCGAGGGUUAUCGGACGAAGAACGUAAAGAGCUGAGGCUAUUUAGCGCACAGAGGAAACGCGACGCUCUAGGACGUGGCGUGGCCAAACAGCUGGUCGCCGAGGUACCUUGUUCGAAUUGUCAAGAGAUCUUGCAACCUGGUGACAUGGCGGUGACGGCGAGUAGAGUUGGGUCAGGCGCGGCUUGGCAUCCAGCGUGCUUCACGUGCCGUGUGUGUAAAGAGAUACUCGUCGACCUCAUAUAUUUCUACAAAGACGACCAUGUUUAUUGUGGUCGCCAUCACGCGGAGACGCUCAAACCCAGGUGUUCAGCUUGUGAUGAGAUAAUUUUGGCUGAUGAAUGUACGGAAGCAGAAGGUCGUGCUUGGCACAUGAAACACUUUGCAUGCUUGGAGUGCGACAAACAGCUAGGGGGCCAGAGGUACAUUAUGAGAGACGGCCGGCCUUACUGUCUACAGUGUUUUGACGGCCUAUUUGCCGAAUACUGUGACUCUUGCGGCGAUCCCAUAAGCGUGGACCAUGGACAAAUGAGUCACGAAGGACAACACUGGCACGCCACCGAACAGUGUUUCUGUUGUCACACGUGUAGAUCUUCGCUGUUGGGCAGACCGUUCUUGCCACGCCGCGGUGCCAUUUUCUGUUCAAUCGCCUGCAGCAAAGGUGAACCUCCGACGACAAUGACGACAUCGCAAAGGCCCGAAUCAGAAAUAGCCGAUAUCGCUGCUGCCAGCGCGCAAACAGAGCAGACGACGCCCGCGCAAACGGUGCAGUUACAACCGGUCGCCGCCGCGCCUGACUCGCCGGCCAGCGCCGGAAGACGGACCGCAUCGACCAACGGAUUCGCGUCGCCUUCGCCGUCACAACAAUCGGCGUGCCGGUCUCCGCUGAUGGGCCGCAGAGCGUUGCAGAAUGCCAACAACAGCAGCACGUCGUCGCCGUCGCCGACGCGCCACAUGCCGCAGCGAUCGGCGGGCGACGGGGUGUUGGCACCACCGCACGACGGCCGACCGAACGCCGUGGCCACGCGUCCGUCCGACUUGGACGUAAGACAGCGGCGCCGGCGCAACGACGUCGGCGCCGUGGUCGAGACCAGGCGCGUGCUCGCCGUAGUGGACAGGG